ACUCUUUGGGUUUUAGUAGGUGUAGGUGUUUGUUUGUUGUUUGUGGAUUAAAAUUAAAAUAAAUAUAUUUAUAUUUUUUCUUCGAGACAGAUUUAGACUCUAGAUCUCAAACCAAAAUAAAACAAUCAAAAUAUACAGAAAGUAACAAAGCGUUUAAGUGCCGAUAAAUUACUUGUAUGGUUUAAAAAUGCAAGACACAAGACCAGAACUCUAUGAAGAGGUUAAACUUUAUAGAAAUGCUAGAGAACGAGAAAAGCAUGACAAUAUGGCGGAGCUAUAUGCAGUGGUCAGCACAUUACAACACUUAGAGAAAGCAUACAUGCGGGACUGCGUCCGAGCCCAGGAAUACAUGGCAGCUUGCAGUAGACUGCUGGUUCAGUACCGAGUUGCCUUCAAACAGGUUCAGGGUGAUGAGUUCCCCACAAUAGAAUCUUUUGUUACGAAGUUUCGUGUAAGUUUUUAUAUAAAAUUAAUAUUAUUAACAUGAAACUAUAUAUAUUCCAGUUCUGCCAGUGGAGGCACAGUAUCUUAGAAUGUUUCAAUUCAAGAAAACACUAAGCACAUUUUUUCAAAUUUACAGAAUUUGCAUGAGCAAAUUAAAUUUUUCCCAUGAAAUAAAUCCCAAAUCAAAACAAAAAAAAUUUGUAAAUCUUUUUUGUAAUUAAGAAAAAGUAUCUGUUAACAUCACUUCAACAUUUUAUUUGUUUAGUAAACCCAUUUUUAACUUGCAGUUAGACUGUCCAGCUGCUUUAGAAAGAAUAAGAGAAAAUAAACCAAACCUCAUCAAAGAUGACAAAGGAAACACCAACAAGUAUAUAGCAGAGAUUGUUUCUGUAAGUGUAGUGUUUUUUUUUAAAUUUUAAUAAAAGCCCAGCAGUUUGCAAAUAAUAUGGGCAAUUUCAUUAAAUCAUAAAUCUUACUGUGUAGUGGCAGUGUAAGAAUAUACUACCCCAUAUCAUCCCGUAGAUGUCGUAAGAGGUGAAAUAGAGAAACUGUACCAGCAAAUGUGUGGAAGCAUCUUCCUGACAACAGUUAAACAAAAGUAAAAGUACUGCUUCAAAGCCAUUUGCAAAACGUAGUAACUAUGGCAAAUAUGGAGGAUAUUUAUGAGGCAUAUAUUUCAUCAUCAUCAUCAUUACACUUCUUCACAAGUCCACUGUUGAACAUAGGCCUCCCCCAAGGAAUACCACAAAGCACGGUCCUAAGCCAUCUGCAUCCAUCGACUUCUUGCAUGCCUUACCAAGUAGUCACUCCAUCAUGAUUCAUAAUUCGUUUAUUUAUUUCAUCUAGUGAUGACCUGGAGAGACUAGAAGAUGUGUCGUAAUUUCCCUGCUGCCCAGCCGAGUUGAAUCUCCUUUUGACCUCUCGGUCGAAGUUGGACUUACCUAGUUGGACUAUUUGUCCCAGGUAAACAUACCUGUCAACAACUUCAAGCUUAGUGCUCCCAACAACUACUGGCAUAGGUGUGACAUGGACGCUACACAUUAUCUUUGUUUUGUCCAUGUUCAUCUUAAGACCAACCUGUUGGGAGGCACUAUUGAGGUCAUUGAGAUAGUGCUUAUGUCCUCUAGCGUUUAUGUCUGAUUAUAUUGUCGUCUGUCAGAGAUCACAAGAUAUACUUGAAAUAAUUUUGAUAAAUGAGUUUACAGACCACUUGAUGGCAAGUAGAUCCUUGGUCUAGUGGUCAUGUCGUCCCGGGUUGGGUCAAAAUCAAUUAAGGGAUUUUCUGUCAAAAAAUUCUAUGUAGCAGCUUAGAGUCAAGAAGUUGGCGUUGUUACUCCUCCGGGGCCAAAAAACACAUAAAGUCAUCAAUCCUGUGCCUAAACUCUGGUCGGAUUUCAGUCCCAUCUGUCUAUGAGAAUGAGGGUGUAGGGUGCACCUGUGCUUGUGCAUACACUCGGGUACUGUAAUUUUGUCCUGCACAGAUGGCUGUUCUUCGUUAAAAUUGGAACAAAUAUAUCUAUUCUCAAUUAAAACUCAAAAUAGUCCUGGAGAUUGUUGUCUUGUUGUUAGCAAAAAGAGUAUUCUGGGCAUCUCUUUAAGUUCUCUUUUAGGACACUCGCAGUACUAUAUUCAUCAAAUAGCUUUAAGUAAAACUAAAAAAUAAAUGUCUACUCUGAUAGAUGCAGAAAAGCAACUUAAAUGUUACAGCCUAUAUUAUACGUUCCACUACUGAGGCACAUGGCUCCCAUUUCUGUGAGGGCAAAAGUGACUUUGCUUAAUACAAUUUAUGGAUUGUAUUACUCUACUUUAUUUUUUGUUUUACUAACAAUACAUUUUUUCAAAUACAUUAUAAUUAAUUGUAUCUGGUUUAAAACAACAGCUGUUCAUCACAUUGAUGGAUAAACUUCGCCUGGAACUCCGAGCUAUGGACAUGAUCCAGCCAGAGCUGAGGGACUUGAAGGACACAAUGGACCAUCUCAGCAUGCUGCCAGAGGACUUUGAGGGGAAAGUUAAGGUGAGAAGCUUUUCCCUUAUAAGGCUAAAAGAUUCGAGAGUGAAGGGACUCUCUGGUUCUUCAGGUUGUCCCUUCAUGUAGUGGGACUGGGAGUCAACAUACACUAAACUUGUCAGUAAAAGGCUCCUCCUAGAAAACCUUUCUUCCCCAUUGUACACCUAUAUUGCCAAUUACCAUUGCAGGCGCUAUUAACAAUUGAAUACCAGUGUAAAAUAGCAGCUGCUGUGUUUAUAUGGUGAGUGUAGAGAACCGGAGACACUUUUUACUGGAAAAAGAGGCAUUCUACCUUAGUCCUCACGGCUGACAACACAUCGGCAUUUUAAACCGCAAAAGAAGAUAGAUAUAGAUGUCUAUGGGCCACAGCAACCACUUACCAUCAGGUGGACUGUGUGCUCGUUUGUCACCCUUAUUCUAUAAAAAAAAAACAUUUUCAAUUUGUGGAGUACCAAUAAGGACAGUGUCUGGUUCCUGUCACUCACUGUAUGAAACUCAGUGGCAUUAUAUUGCUAUUUCAUGCUGGUAAACUGUGAGAUCAUGGCCCUUUUCCGAUCGAACAGAUCCAUUCGUGCUGCAGCCAUUAUAUACUGCCGCCUGACACUACUUCAUAAAAAAAUUAACUCUAUUUUACGUAUCUCUUUCUCUACCUUGAAAAUGAAAAUAUUAUUAUGUUAGGAGAUUUUAAUGGAAGGGUGGGGGUGAAGAGGUCUGGUUAUGAAAGGAUAUUAGGAACGUUUGGCGAUGAAAGAAUAAAUGAGAAUGGUGAAGACCUCCUCACCGUAUGUGUGGAAAAGAAUCUUUUUGUGGCGAACACUUUCUUUCGCCAUAAGAGGAUUCACAUGUAUACAUGGGAAAGAGGGGAUGAUAGAAGCAUGAUAGAUUUUAUAAUUGUGGAUGAAAGAAUGAGGAGCGCAGUGGUAGAUACAAGGGUUUACCGGGGGUCCAACGUAGGGACGGAUCAUUACUUGGUCUUAUGCCGAAUUAAUGGUCUAUUCAGACGUUGGCGGCAUCGGACAUCGGUGUCUACCACUGCGUUACAGCGUAUAAGAAUAGAGAGGUUACAAGAUGAAGGUGUGAAAGAGAAGUAUAAAUGCAGACUGAGGGAAAAUAUAAGUGGGUUGAAUGAAUUAUGUAUGAAUGCUUUAGAAUUGAAGAAUGUAUGGAAUAAUAUUAAGAGAGUUCUGGUGGAUGCAGCCACCGAAGUAUGCGGUGUAAGUAAGAGAACGAAUGAAAGGAAAAGUAAUACGUUAUGGUGGGAUGAUGAGGUACGGAUGGAAGUUGAAGCAAAGAAGAGAGCAUGGCUAGAUUUACUAGCAACUAAAGCUGGUAAUUCUGGCGGUAUGAAUGAUGAG